AUGUGUUGCGCGUUCCCAGCACGCUGGCAAGGGCGCUGGUUCCAAUCUGGUGUGAUACAACCGAUCAUGAUCGAUGGAGCUAUACUCUCGAAUAAGGGCAGAUGUCUCUCAUCUGAAGGGGACAAAUUUCUUAUAGUUGAUGAAAAAGGGUGUUACCGGUGUGUCGUGAUGCAUGAGAAACACAUAAACGUUCUGCAGUACAAGGAAACAUUCUGUCACCGUCGAGACGCUCUACCCCACUUGUGUUCCCUCAUCACUGGCGAUGCCCUUCUGUAUUCUAUGUUCCGGGAAAACGCGGAGCCAGUAGACUGCCCGCUAAAAGGACCCUUCUCCUUCACUUACAACAGGGGGCACGGUGAUUGCAAAAUUCCAGCUUCGUCAAUCGAAAGUUGUACGGAAGAUUCACGACUACUGCUUAAUUAUCAAGCCUGCCCCGAUGUUUAUGGUUCAGAAAGCACAGUGGAGGAACUGGAAUGCCUUGCAACGUGGAAAGAAGGUAGUUUAAGAUUUCUAGUGGGCAAGUUGCACCACAAUCACGCGACCAGCAACGAGGACCGAUAUAGAUGCUUUGUCUACGAGAAGACAAAUGGUAUUGCAUCAAGCAGCAGUAUGAAGGAAGGGCCGGCCCCGCCGGGUGAGGUGGAGUACCGCGUGGCACAGUCCGGCGACGCCACGUGCAACGGCUUGUUCAGCGCCACUGAAGGCUCGAGGACUAUGGCAUUGAAGAGAGUGUCAGUCCGCUUCAACUGUCAAUUUCCGAGCUGGAUGACGUUCUCCCACACGUGGCAUACUCUGGACUUUAGCAGCAACUAUACUUUCUAUCAACGUAAUGCCACUCUUCGAAUAACGAACCAAACUGGUGCAGAAAUAAAAGUUUACUGUGUGAAUGUUAAGGCGACUUCACCGAGUGGAAAUUCGGUCGCGUUGGUCGCGCACUGGCAACAUCAUUGUGCAUCUCGCUACGUGUGUGUGGUCCUGUACCGGCGGGACACGUUCAUCGCGGAGCUGCAGCGCGGGUCGCCCACCAGCCGCCCCGACGAGGCGUGCUCCACAACACACUUUAACGCUAUGACUGCGUCUUACGUUACUUUGGUUGCUAGCAAUCCAGAAUCAAAAGAAUGCCCUUACGCUGGCAAAUACGUGAUUUCGAACCAUCGACACAAGCGAAGUUAUCUAAAAGAGAAAAAUAGGACUAAACGUGACAAAGCAAUGUUUCAACAUAAUCGUAGAGUAAAUUACACGAGACUGUUCAAUUUUAGUAUAAGGAAUAUGUCGGAGACUCCGAUAUUGAGGAGCAGGCGACACUCGGAGGUGUGCGCGGUGUACAGCAAACUUGAAGUGGGGUGCAAUUCUGCUAAGAAUAUGGAGUUCUAUUCUUUGUGUGAUAGUAAGGAAGCCAUUACAGCCUACACAUGCCAUGGAGGUUGGUACGAAGGAGGCGCGUCCUUCGUAGUGACGACGCCAGUGACCCGCGACAGUACGGCGGCCAGACGGUACUGCUUCGUGUCGCGCGACGCAAGGGACGGCGCGCUGACCGUCGCGCGAUCUGCUGCCAACUGCGAGCGGGUGGUCAGUGAAGACGACGCGUUGUUAUUCGAUGCUGGGUUUACUGGCAAAUGUCAAGACGAACCCAACAGCCAUCCACAAAGAAUGCCCUCUCCAUACACGAUCUGCUUGGCGCCUCUCAUUCUGCACUACAUUAUACCGAGG